AUAUAUAAAAAUAACAUUGUAUGUGAGAAUUAUAACAUGUAUUACUUCAUUUGUUAACGUUAAAAUCAUUGACUGUAUGUAAAUAGUCAAUGUUUAAAAUAUGCACAGAGGAAAACACACCUCCAGCUUGACAAAGACUGCAGGACAGGUAAAUCCGGUGACGAGGUGUCAGGUUUCACUUGACUGGUGGCUUCACAGACUCGAGCCUGAAAGAUUCAAAAGACAUAAUUUCCACUAUAAAUACUUUUACAUUUUGAAUACUCAGCAAAUCUGGAAACAUAAAGGCAUGGCACCCAAGUAUGACGGCCUGUCCCACUGUAAGCUGGCCCUGGUGUUUGCUGUGCUGAUGGACCUGUUGGGUGUGAUAUCUCUGCUGCUAGGGGUCUUCGCUCCACUGGAGAUCCAAGGGCGGGACUUUGGGGACCUGCUGGUGUACAGCGGAGCUCUGCUUGUGCUGUUUUCCCUAGCAGGCUGGGUCAUGUGGUACAGUGGCAACAUUGAGGGUUUGACUUCCAAAAAGGAGCUGGGGGGUACUGUUGGUGGAGCUGUGGACCGCCUUGCUCGCUCACUGAGCCGCAGGAUACGGAUCCCCAGGACUCACAGCAGCCCAACAUAAAAAGUGGAACCCAAAGAUACCAAAGACUGUUGCAUGAAGGGCUGUCCUUAACCAGCAUGCAGGCCAAAAUGCCUGAGGCAAAGGAGUGUCAUCGCUGGUUGUCAUCCUCUUUACAAACACCUCGCUCCCAUGAAAGAACUGUUUGUCAGUGUGAUUCAUGUUUUCAUAAGGAAAUCAGUGAGAAUGUGGAUCAUUUCAUCUAAGAUUUUGUAUGUGGACUACACUCAGGAUUGUAAUGUAAUAGGCAUUUCUAUGUAUUCCAAUAUAUGAAGAUGAAAGAGAUCAA